AUGAUGACUCGAAAUCAAAUAGGAGAUGAAACAGUUACACCGAAUUCUCAACAGACAUCAACUGAUCGAUCAACAUUGUUACGCAAAUGUUUAAAAAAAAAGAAAAUAUUAUCGGUCAUCAAUGGGAUUAUCAUUGUUAUUUUGAUCAUAACUAUUACAACCGUGAUUAUUAAAACAAAAACAAAAGCAACGACCCUAACAGAACUAUCAACUGUGCCAAUAGAAACAACAACUGAAGAAUAUACGACAACUGAAAAAUUUACAACUACAGCAGACAAUCCAACAACAGAAGUACAAAGCAAGCCAAAAGGUGACAAAUGGAAACAACAUGGAAUUACUGUUGCUGGAGGAAAUGGAGAAGGAUCUAAACCCAAUCAGCUUUCGGUACCUUAUGGGAUCUAUAUUGACGAUAGCAAAGCCAUCUUGAUUGUUGAAUUGCGAAAUGAGCGUAUUGUUGAAUGGAAAUAUGAUUCGAACAAUGGUCAAAUCAUUGCAGGCGGAAAUGGACAAGGAGUUGAACUGAAUCAACUCGAUACGCCAAUGGACGUAGUUGUUGGCAAAGAGAAGAAUGAAAUAAUCGUAUGUGAUUCGAAUAAUUGGAGAGUAAUGCGAUAUUUUGGUCAAAGUCAGACAAACCCACAAAUUAUCAUUCAUAAGAUUCUAUGUCGCGGUCUGGCAAUGGACAAAGAUGGGUCUAUUUAUGUUUCUGAUAUAGCCAAGGCUGAAGUGAGACGAUGGAAAGAAGGAGACACAAAUGGAACAAUAGUUGCAGGUGGAAACAACCCAGGAAAUCAUCUAAAUCAACUAUAUAAUCCUGACAAGAUCUUUGUCGAUGAAGAUUAUUCUGUUUAUGUAGCGGAUAGUACUAAUCACCGAAUAACGAAAUGGAAAAAAGAUGCAAAAGAAGGAAUUCUUGUUGCUGGCGGAAAUGGACAUGGAAAUCAUCUCAACCAACUUGUGAACCCUGGUGGGGUGAUUGUUGUUAGUUUGGGUGAAAUAAUUAUUGCAGACACUGGAAAUCAUCGAAUAAUGCGAUGGUAUGAAGGGGACGCAGACGGUUCAAUUGUUGUUGGUGGAAAUGGUCAAGGUGAAAGAUCAAAUCAAUUAUAUCAUCCCCUUGAUCUCUCAUUUGAUGUUGAAGGAAAUCUUUAUGUUGCUGAUACUAUGAAUCAUCGAAUUCAAAAAUAUGAGUUAUGUACGGAAUAA